GUGCUGUCCGUUUAAUAAACAUUCCUAUUUCUGUUUUCAUCAGUUUUCGUUCCCAUUUGGGAUUUCGGUUAUUCUACUGUGUAAAAAGCCGAAGAAAAUGAAUCGCAAUUCGAGUACGGACUACAAAAAUCGCAAUGAGUCGCAGGUCGAAUUGGAGAGCCAAUUUAUUUUGCGGUUACCGCCCGAACCCGCCAGAGUACUGAGGGAGGCGUUACGUAGCAAUUUGCCUCUAAAAGACCGAUUGACCAUAAAACUGGAGAACGAUAUGCGUUACGGUGAGGUUAGGGUUGACCACUGGUUACUCCACGCUAAGGUUGUGGACCUGCCGACGGUGGUGGAAUCCUUAAAAACCAUUGACACCAAGAGCUUUUACAAGACUGCCGAUAUAUGCCAGAUGGUGAUAUGUAAAGAAGAGGAAGAUCACACUGCGACAGACGAGGAGUCUCCUAUCAAGCAGAAGAAGAAGGAUCCGAACAAGGUCGACAAGAAGUUUCUCUGGCCUCACGGCAUAACGCCGCCCACGAAGAACGUGAGGCGCAGGAGGUUCAGGAAGACUCUGAAGAAGAAGUACGUGGAGGCGCCGGAGAUCGAGAAGGAGGUCAAGCGUUUGUUGCGAGUGGACAACGAUGCCGUUAACGUCAAGUGGGAGGUGAUAUGCGAGGACGAGGACACGUCGAAGCCCAGCAAGGUGUCGUCGUCCGGCACGGUCAAGACUAAACGGGAGAGCAUGAAUGGGAACACGUCUCAGAGUCUGGAUGUCGCCGAGCACGACAUAUUCGGCGAGGCAGUUAGCGACAGCGAGGACGACGACGAAGAGGCGAACAUCAACGUGAUGGAGCUGGACGAGAACAGCCGCCUCUCGGCGGACAGUAGGGUCUCGGACUCCAAUUCUAUGCAGGCCGCGUAUUCCGAGAGGUCGAGUAACAACGCGACGACGAGCAGCGGACUGGUCACCGAGUUCAGUAAAGACAUGUUCCACGACAACGGCGACACGGAGACCGAAAAGCAGCAGGGCGAGUCUAGCCCGCUAAAAGUUCCAAAAUUGGAGCAGUUUCACUCGGAAUUUAUUAUACCAGACAAUUACAGCGAAGCGAUAAUUACGCCCUCGGUAUCCGUGUCUAAAGAUGCGCGUCUCGCUACUCUCCACGCGGAAUUGGCGGAAUUACGGCAAAGGCGGCAGCAACAGGAGAUCGAAAUAGCUAACAUCGAAAAUGUCAAGCUGAGGCAACGGUUCCAGGAGAUCUUGGAUAAUUUGUUGACCCAGGAAAUGCAAAAAGUACAAGAGAUACAAGAUCUGGAAAUGGAAUAGAAAAUGCAGCACGAGUUUCAUGGCAUUUUAUAAAUGUAAAAGACAGUUAUUAUAUAUUAUAAAAGACAAUUUUCGUCUUUUAUAUAAUAAAUAAUUUUUUUAUAUAAACUCAACAAUUACACAGUGCAAUUAACUUAUGUAUACAUUGUACAAAAUCAAAAUGUGAAUUAUAACUUUUUUAAGUGAUAUGCUUUAAUACCGGGGGUUAAAUUGGAAAAGAUUUAUCAAAUUUAUAUCUAAAGCCUAUUAAUAGCAUAUUUUGUAGCUUAACAAAUCUUGAAUAAAACGAAGAGAAGCGUAA